GAAGGCCACCCAGGGUCUGGUGUAGGCCAUGAGUGUAGAGGAUGGGGGUAUGCCAGGCCUGGCCUCUCCCAGGCAGGCUCGCUGGACUCUGAUGCUACUUCUGUCCACUGCCAUGUAUGGUGCCCAUGCACCACUGUUAGCAUUGUGCCAUGUGGGUGGUCAAGUGCCCUUCCGACCCUCCUCAGCUGUAUUGCUCACUGAGCUGACCAAGCUACUGUUGUCUGCCUUCUCCCUCCUGGUAGGCUGGCAAGCAUGGCCCCAGGGCACCCCACCCUGGCGCCAGGCUGCACCUUUUGCACUAUCAGCCUUGCUUUAUGGCGUCAACAACAACCUGGUGAUCUAUCUACAGCGUUACAUGGACCCCAGCACCUACCAGGUGCUGAGCAAUCUCAAGAUUGGAAGCACAGCUCUGUUCUACUGCCUCUGCCUCCGGCAUCGCCUCUCGGCUCGCCAGGGAUUGUCACUGCUGCUGCUGAUGGCUGCAGGGGCCUGUUAUGCAUCAGGUGGCCUUCAGGACCCUAUGAACACCCUUCCUGGACACCCCCCAGCAGCUGCUGUGAGCCCCAUGCCCUUGCAUAUCACUCCACUGGGACUGCUGCUUCUCAUCUUCUACUGCCUCAUCUCUGGCUUGUCAUCCGUAUACACAGAGCUGAUUAUGAAGCGACAGCGGCUGCCCUUGGCACUUCAGAACCUCUUCCUCUACACUUUUGGGGUGAUCCUGAACCUCGGUCUGCAUGCAGGCAGUGGCCCAGGCCCAGGCCUUCUAGAGGGCUUCUCAGGAUGGGCAGCACUGGUGGUGCUGAGCCAAGCAGUAAAUGGACUGCUCAUGUCAGCUGUCAUGAAGCACGGCAGCAGCAUCACACGCCUCUUCGUCGUGUCCUGCUCAUUGGUGGUCAAUGCUGUUCUUUCAGCAGUGCUGCUGCGACUGCAGCUCACAGCUGCCUUCUUCCUGGCCACACUGCUCAUUGGCCUGGCUGUGCGCUUGUACUAUGGCAGACCCUAGGUCCCUGACCACCUCCCCUCUCAUUUCUGACUAUGUAGGUGAGGUGCCACCACCAGGGCCACCUCCUAGGCCUCUCCCCCACUCUUCCCCCAGCAACCCUGUAAACAAGUGCCUUGUGAGAAGAACUAGGACAGCCAACUAGUCUUUGGGGGUUUAGGUGGGUGAGAAGUUCCUCUAGGAGGCAUAGAGCGAGAGCUUGGUUAAAGAAACUCUUAACUCUAGCCAGGCAUGAUGGUGCACACCUUUAAUCUCAGCACUUGGGAGGCAGAGGCAGGUUGAUCUCAGUUCAAGUUGGAGUACCAAUAAUACCCAGGCCUGAGAAACCCAUCCUUAAGGAAAGUUCUGUCUGCCUCAUCCUGCAUGAAUAUGGUUACUUCAAGUGGAGUGUGGGUGACAGCUCUUUCCUUGCCUGCUAUGGUCACUCCAGCAGACUCCCUGCUCCUAAGCCUAGCACUGGCUGCUCCAACCCAGUGUGACUUCCAUAUAAGGGAUGCUUAGUCCCUACUGUCAUGCAGAAAGACCCAGUUGUCACAAAUUAUAUAGCUAUCAACUAGGUGACUCUUCCAAGCUCCCCCAACUCCAGCAGUGCCUGGAGAUGUCCCUUGCCCCUUCCACAGUACUGCUCCCCUCAGCCAGCCUUAUUCUGGAAAGCCCAGAGGGGGCUGGGGCUUGACUCAUCUCAGGGAACACUGCCCCUGGGUCCUGGCUUAAGCCUACACUCCUGACCCUUUUGCUCACCCCAAGGGCCCUGUUGAAGCCCGCUGCCACCUCUAAGGUAUCCUUCCCACUCUGGGUCUUGCCCCUGCCUCAUAGUGUCCCAGCUUCCAGCAGCCUAGGAAAGCUCUGCAGAGUAUCUUGGGACCAGGCACAAAAAAAAUUCUAUAGCUCAAUCAGUGUCUACAUUAGCAAUAAGGUCUUGAUAAAGUGUUCUAGGGUAUAGGGUGCUUCUUACAACCAUUGACAGUUGUCCUGUGUCUUCUGUGGUACAUGGCUCCCCUCAACCAUAAUUUCCCCCUAUUUUUGAGUAACAUCUACACCAGGAGAAAAUGUUUUCUCACAGCUAUUGGCAGUGGCAUUUGGUUUGGGAGCUCCAGGGGGUUGGGACUAUUCCUUGACCAGUUAUGGUGGGGCACAUCUACAAUCCCAAUACUCUAGAAGGUGGACACAAGAGCUCAUGUUCAAGGCCAAUCUGAGCUACUUAAUGAGACCCUGUCUCAAAAAAAAACUUGGAGAGGGGUAAGGUAGUGUACACUUGUAACCCCAAUACUUGAGAUAUGGAGGCAGAAGGGUCAAGAGUGAAAGGUUAGCCUGAGCUACAGUAGACUGUCUCAAAGAAACAAAGGGCUGGGGUGGUAGCUCAAGAGUGGAGCACUUGCCUCGGUUCAAUUCCCAAUAUUGAAAAUUACUAAAAAAAAAAAAAAAAAUCCUUGAGCUCUGGGGACUAUAGAGAGUGUCUUGGGACUAAAAAAUACUCUGCCCAGCACAAUAAACUAGGCUAGAAAACUC